AGCCAAAAACCAUGGGUUCUUGACUAACCACCCACCCAGCAAUGGGAAGAUCUUCCCAUCGAUGGGUAAGCGGUCCCUUAGCCAAACGAAUUUCCAGAACCAUGCAAAACAGCGAUGGGAAGUUCUACCCAUCGCUGUUCAAGCCUUGGUACAAAAUUAACACAAGGCAGAACCACCUUGCCCAGCGAUGGACCUGGCGUAGACUAGACAGAGUAAUGAUUCACCUGGAUCUUCUUGCCUUCUUUCAAGAUGUGGAGCUUCAUCACCUUGCCAAAGCCAACUCUGAUCACAAACCCAUUUUCCUACACUACAACCUUUUGCUCACUAAGCUCCCAGAUUUGGCUGAGGUAAAAGCAACCGUUUGGGACCUGGACCCUGACAGCGCCAGUGGCCCGGAUGGCUUUAAUGAAAAAGGAGCUUUCCAGAAAGGCAAGUCCAUUGAUGACCAUAUUCUCCUUGCUCAAGAAGCCAUACAUGGACUAGAUAGAAAGUUAAGAAGUGGUUUGGAGACCACAAGGGUAAGUGUUGAAUUAAAUUUGGAGAAUCAGGUCAGUAUAUCUAAGGUUGCUACUUCUUUUGAUUCUGAAUUAGAAUCUGAAACUGAGGUAAUUGUUUCUCCUAUCCAAUCACAUAAUAACAUGGCAACUUUAAGUGAACUAGCUGCACCUGACCUUCAGACCCAGCCCAUGUCCAUUACUUAUGCUGUUUUGGAAAAGCCAUUGAAAUUAAACUCUGGAUUUUUGAAUAUGCUUCCCAAGUUUCAUGGCCUGCCUGGUGAAGACCCUUAUAGACAUGUUAAUGAGUUCCUCAUAACAUGUGGAGCCAUGGAACCUGAAGGAGUUCCUCAAGAGAAAAUAAGACUUAGGGCCUUUCCCUUUUCAGUGAUGGACAGAGCAAAAGAUUGGCUGUACUAUAUGCCUCCUGGGUCUUUUACAACCUGGCCAUCACUGCAUAGGGCAUUCUUAGAGGAGUUCUUUCUUGCCUCUAGAAUAGGAUCUAUUAGGAAGGACAUCUGUGGGAUAAAACAAAUGGGGAAUGAAUCAUUUUCUGAAUAUUGGAAGAGAUUCAAUAAACUCUGUGCUAGUUGUCCUCAGCAUCAAAUCUCUGAACAGCUGCUCAUCCAGUACUUCUAUGAAGGGUUAUCCAUAAUGGAUAGAAGUAUGGUAGAUGCUGCUAGUGGUUGUGCUCUAGUUACUAAGACCCCAGAGGAAGCUAAAAAUUUGUUCAAUCUUAUAUCUCAGAACACACAGCAAUUUGGACUAAGGAUGAAUGAACCAAAAAAGGAAACUGAAUCUCUUGCAGCCCUCACUGAUCUGAUUGCAAAUCUUACCAAAAUUAUGGGUCAAAUGAAUAUGAAGCUAAUGCAAGAAAGGCAAACAGCCCAGGAUACCUUGUUGAGUAAUUUGCAGGCCCAAAUUAACAACAGGUUACCUGCUCAACCAUUUCCUGCUCCUAAGGAGAAUGUGAGUGCUGUUGUCCUUAGGAAUAACAAGGUUCUUCCCGAACCUUCCUUAGGGAAUGUUAGAAGGGAUCAGGAAAUUAUGGAAAAGGAACUUGACUCACAGAAUAUCCAAGAACCUGAAUUGGUCAACAAUAAAUCUGUUGUGACUCCUGAUACUCCUAGAGCAGCUUACAAACCUCAGCCACCCUUUCCCAGUAAAUAUCAGAAUCAAAGGAAGAACAGUAAAGAACCAGAUGAUGAAAUAUUUGAAAUGUUUAAAAAGGUUCAAGUGAACAUUCCUCUUUUAAAUGCAAUAAAAAAUGUUCUAAAAUAUGCAAAAUUUUUGAAAGAGAUGUGCACUAAUAAAAGAAGGCUGAAAGGGGAUGAGAGGGUAAACAUUAGUGAAAAUGUAUCUGCCAUCUUUCAAAAGAAACUUCCACAGAAAUGUCAGGAUCCUGGUGUGUUUUCUGUACCUUGUAAGAUUGGAAAUUUGGAGAAUACCAAGGCUUUACUUGAUUUAGGAGCAUCCAUCAAUGUCAUGCCUAGGGAGUUAUUUGACCAGUUGGGGGUAGGAGAACUAAAAGAGACUGGGGUAGUUAUUCAACUUGCUGACAGGAGUUUGACUUACCCUGAAGGGGUGGUUGAGGAUGUUUUAGUCCAGUUGUGGUUGGUCAUCACGAAUGUCGAGGAAAUUCCAACAAAGAAGGUCGGUGAAAAACUCGUCCCAAAGACCGAGGACGAAUUUGAUGGCGAGGACAUAAAAAAGGUGGAGAACUACACCAAGGCAAUCAACAUGCUGUACUGUGCCGUCAAUCCUGAUGAUUAUCGCAAGAUCUCUUGCUGCACCACUGCAAAAGAAAUGUGGGACAAGCUGGAGGUCACAUAUGAUGGUACGGACCAAGUUCGGGAAGCCAAAAUUGACUUCCUAACGCAGGAGUACGAGAUGUUCAGGAUGAAGAAAGGCGAAAAGAUCGAUGACAUGUUCGAUCGGUUAUCAAAAAUCAUCAACGACCUUCACGCUCUCAAGAAGACGUACGCCAACAAGGAUCUCGUGAGGAAAAUCCUGCGAAGUCUCACACCCGAAUGGAGAUCAAAGGCAGAUGCAAUCUACGAAUCCAUUGGAGUCUCAAAUGUCACCAUCGACAGGUUAAGAGAUAACCCUCGCUUGGCGAGAAAGGAUAUUUGUGAUGAUCAUGCAGAUUCAUUAGAGAGAAUACACGUUGAUGACGAUGAGGAGAACACGGGAAUUUACACCAACACACAGCCACAAACUGAAGAAAUACCUCAAGAAGCUAACCAAGAGUCGGGUCUGUGGCCGUUCGUCUCCAAAAGCCGUCAGUCCUUCAAUCCCGCCUACGUCCGGGCUUUCUACUCCAAUCUCCGCCGGGACGGGGACACCAUUCGCAGUAGCAUCAAUCUCUACGACAUAGAGGUUGAUUUGGCUACCUUUGCUCGGGUCGCAGGGCUGCCCACCCGUGGUGACGACAUCGCAACAUAUGGCGGCGAUGAUUUGAUCCUCAACAACGAGGCGGUGGUCAUCCGAGAGCUUGGAAUCACCAACCUCAUCCGUCACAGCGGCGCACCAACCAUCCACUCAGCCCCACUAGAGAAGCGUCUUCUACUCUACAUCCUCUCCUGGAUUCUUCGCCCCCGGGACGGUUGCCACACGUGUCUCUUCAACGAGGAUCUCAAGGCCGUUCAUGCUAUCACCCAUGGCGCCUCGAUCAAUUGGGUGAAAUACAUCAUGAUUCAAAUGGCGGACUGCGCCUCCAUCACCAACGAGCGGAGCUUGCCAUACGCCUUCCUCGUCAUGGAUCUCAUUGGUGCAUCCGACAUUCACAUCGUCGGCCUGGACACGAAGAUGACGAAGAUUUGGAUCAUCGAAGACAGCACCUUCCGGAAGAAGUCCGGUGACAGAACCGGCGCAGGUCCCAGUCAGGCUCCAGCCCCCGAUCCCGCCAAGGCAUCCUUACAGUCCAUAGCCGAUACCCUGAAUCGGCUAACCGUCACCGUGCAUGGCAUGGGGCAGUACCUGGAAAGGAUGGACUGGACGCUGCAACGCCAACACCACGACAUGACAGCGUUCUUCCGUGGCAUCAACUACGUCCCGCCGCCCUUUGACACCACCUUCCUUGGGCAGAACUAUGAAGGCGAGGACGAGGAGGACAACUCCUAUGCUCCGUCCUCCUCCCCCGACGAAGCCGACUUUGAGGACGCGGUCGAUGGGGAUGCUAUGGACGUCGAGGACGACGAAGAAGACGAUGACGCCGAGAACGAGGACGCUGAUGCCUAGACUCUUCCUUCUCUCCUUUCCCUACUUUCAUUGCAAUUUUUUUUUAUCUAUUUCAAUUCGGUUGUAUUCAGCAUUUUCUCAUCUUUUAAUGAAUAAAAGUUUACUUUUAAUUCCUAAAGUUCACUUUUAAUUCUUUUUGUUAAUGUCAAAAGGGGGAAGAUAUCAAGGUUAUGCAUAAAUUGAGGGGAAUUCU